GUUAGAGGUCCGUUGCCAUGCCAACGCACAGGACCACAAGAAGAAAUGAGUAAGAAGAAAACCUAUGGUGUGAGGUUUUCUUCUGCGUUCAAGAUUUGAGCAAACUCCCUUGAAAAUGUGAGAUUUAUCUCGUGAAGAUUCGAAAAUGCUUGCUUGUAAUGAGAGCCGAGAUAAUAUGUCUUUCCGUAGGUCAAGUGGAGACAAAGUAGUCUUCAAAAACGUUCAAAAGCGUUACAAGUUUCCUGAUAUAGUUACCGUCGAGUACAUUCUGUCUCCAAAGAUCAAAACAUCCACUCAUGACUAUGUUGGAAUUUAUCCUCGUAAUUGGAAAGAUUUAAGGGAGUUUGUUGGGUUUGAACAUCCGAUUCCUGCCCCUUUUGAAGAGCCCAAUUUAUAUCGAUGCCUUCAGUUUUCUUGUCAGCCAUCUCAUGUGAAAGCAGUUCUUCAUCAGGAUUACCAGUUUGUUUAUGUUGACCAGUCACAAGAGAUCCUUGGCAAGAGUGAAUUUUUUCAAUUUGUUGAAGAGAUUGAUAAUUCUUACACCAGUGCGCAAGAGAAUCAUGACUGGUACAAUACUGAUUCUUGCUGGCAAGAAGAUAACAUUACCACUCAAACGCUAGAAAAUGCUGAUAUUAAACUCACACCAUACGAAAUUGCAUACAAUAAGUGUUUUUUCCGCAGCCAAAACAAUGGCACAAACUACAGCAAAUUUCUAGGAACUGCAGAAUUAGCUUGCGGAAGUUCAGAUGAAACAUGUAGUGCAUAUUUUGCAACACCGGAAACAUCUCAAAGUUAUUUGAUGUCAGCACAACAAAAAGGAGUUCUAAAAGAAAAUUUCAAGUUGAAUGAACAGAAGAGGGGGCGUGCGCUCAUUAAAACAAGAGAUGAUGCUUAUGUAGAUUGCAGAGGGAAUGGACCUGGGCCUGAAGUAGUGUCAAGAAAUUUUGUUCCAUACAUGAAAGAUCAAGGUAUAAACACAGGUCCAGAUCUUACCUACUCUCAAAAUUGGCUGCAAUCAAAGAAAUCUACAGACAAACCAAUCUCCUCUAGUAAUAGAAGUGAUAUCAACCGUGGUGCAGUUCCUAAAAAGUGUUCUAAGUGUCAUGCUCCUUCUGACUAUAAGUAUCGCCAGGAGCUCAGUCAUCAUGAGUGCGUGAUGGCUUCUCUUCAAAUUCGUGAUCUUAAAAGUGAACUAGAAAAGGUAAAGAACGAUUUGCAGCUCAGUCAAGCUGCCCACGCCAAACUUAAGGUACUGGCUGGCAUAGCAAACUCCAAUUGCAGUGAUGCUGUCACUUUUCUAAACAACCUUAUGAUGUCUCUCAUUACUCAGGACAAGACAAGGGUUGUAAAUUAUGAUGGAUCUGUCAUGUAUGUCACUCGAGAAAUUGUCUCUCCUGGCUGGCUAAUUAAUCGAAGUCAACAAAGAACUUUGAUAUGCAGGCGACCCAAUGUCAGGGUCAUCAAUGGCCGUGAUAAACUGCUGAAAGCAAUCAUUGGUCGCCAAGAGGAGAAAAUAAGAGAUCUGCAUGCAAAGCUUUGUGGGGCUCGUCAGGUCAUUGAACAAGCCAAUCUCAUGAACCCCAAGCUGCUGCUUGAUCUUUCUGGUGAUGAAAAGACUGCUGAAGGAGGUGCAUCGCCCAAGGACACUGACUCUGCUGUAUUUGACCUGGCUAACAUUGAGAAGACUAUUAGUACAUUGGACAAAUCUCAUGAAGGGGAGCAUAUGGAAGGUGGCAAAAUGCAAUGCAUUGCACUUGUUCACAAUCCAGGAAACAUGGAAGAAGAUAAGCUCCCGACUCCAACAUUGGAGGAAGUAAAUGGACAGUGGAAUGACAGCUUAGUUGUUGAACCAAAAUAUUACAGUUUGGAUCCAAUGCAGUCAAUGAACCGAGAAAUUAUAUCUGAUGAAGACCACAUCUUUGUGGUAAACUCAGAAAAUGAAGAUGAGGAUUCUUUGCUUGUAAGUGAGGCAAAUAACAACAAUUAUGACACCAAGAAUAGAAAUUCUCUGUCUUUUCAAGGAGGAGAAGAGGAGCCAUGGGAGCCAAAACAUGAAAUAUUUUGUUCAAUAUCACCAGAUACGCUGGAUAUCAAACCAGAAUUUUCUGCCAAAGACUGCAACUGAUAUAGAAAAAUAAGUUUUUGGAAUCAGUCAGAUCAAGUCACAUUCCAGUGGAGACACAUUUUGAUGUUUUUGACUUACUAGUAUUAUUGGAAGGGAAUUCCAAAGCAACAAUGAAACAUACAUUUGUUUGUCAAUACAGACAAAACUUUAAAAAUAUUUGUUUUAAAUGUGGGUUAAGUUAUUGCUUAAGACUAGCAAAACUGCUUUUGUUUUGCUUUUAACAUUCCUGUAAUUGUUAGUUUUGAAAGACUGUACCUUCGAAUGUUCUCUUAAGAAAGUGUCUGGUCACAUGAAAAGGCUGUUGGUAUUCUGAUUCAUUACAAUUUAAAUAAUUUUUGUUUGUUUGUAAAGUUAUAGAGUGUUGUUUGUUUGUUCGUUUUCAUUUAUUCAUAGUGACUGGAAUAUCAUUGUUGAUUUGUGUCUUGUAUGACAAUAUUUGUCUUACUCCAGAAACUGGUCUUUUCUGAUAUAAAGUCCUGUUGAUAACAUAAGUUAUAAGCUAAAGUCUUUGACUUUGGUUUUAUGAAGCUGUUGAGUUGUUUAUCUCUUUACGGACUCAUUUUGAGUCAUGUUACUUAAUAAAUGAGGGUUUUUGAAGUUAAAGUGAUAUUGUACUGGUAGGUUUUACCAAAAUAUUUCUUUUUAUGACGUGCCUGUUAGUUACAUUAGAUUUUAUUCUUAAACGCUCAGAAAAGUCGUAAUUUAAUACUUAUUGCUUAAGGAAAUGUAUCCAUUAUUCUGGGGUAUUUUUUGUAGUGCUCAUUGUUUUGUGUGAUUUGUAAGUGUGAAGGAAGUCUUUCUUUAUAUUUUGUACAGAAAGCAGGCUUCACUUUGGAUGUCAACUAGUCCUACAUUGUACCUUUGUGUUGGUACAAAAUGUGGUAAAUAGUAUGAUGAACGUCUGUACUAUUUCUCUAUCUCUCUAGACCUUUGUCUCUCCUAAUUUUUGGUAGUAUCUUGGGCAGCCAACAAUGCCAUACCAUGAAGGCCUUUUCAGGAGAUAUUGUUUUGAAUGUGAAUUGGAAAACAAUAUCAGUAGUGGCUCAACAUUUGUGCACCAUAACUGUCAAUUUUUUUCAUUCUUAAGGCAUGUUAUACAAAUAUGCAUCCAUGUUUAGUAUCAUGUGUUUUCUCUACUGCACAAUUGUAUUUCUAAUCUCUGUGAUACUAAAGUUUGCCAAACAAACAAACAAAAAAAAAAAAAGAAAGAAAAAAAUCAGAUUCUUACUGCUCUACUUGAAUAUUGUCCAGCACACGAUGUUGAUUGUUCUAGAGCUGUCAUAUCAAGAUUUUCAUUUACUUCUAUCUGCUACAUUUGCAUUUUUUUUUCUUUUCCUAAUCUUUAAAUUGCAUUUCUAGCAAGAUAGUUUAUGCAUAAGUACUUUAAAUGUUUGCCUUUUACAAUAGGAAAUAUUGUCUGUGAAAUAGGUUGACUGACUAAAGAAUUGGAAAGUUAAGUGUUAUAGAAAAGAGUACAGUAGUUUGAAAAAAGGAAGACGAAUGAACACUUUCACUGUAUGCUCUUUUUAAUGAGAGUAAAUGAACCAAGAAAUUGUUGUCUGAACUGGUUUUGUGAUAAAUGUUUAAGCGUUAAUCACUAGGAAGAAGCUUGUGAUGAUUGUCUCUUUACCUCUAGUCUUGGUGUGUUCCUCUUCCUGUUACUUUGCUAAUUAGUUAAUGAUCUCUCUUAAGCAUCACUGUUUAACAGAACAUUUAUUUUUGAACCAACAUUUCUUGAUGAAGCAUUGUCCAAGCUUCUAUUUAAUACUCUACAUAAAUUAAUGACUGCUUUCAUCUUUCAGAAAUUUAAUGCAGAUUUUGUACAAAGUGUAAUUGGUGACCAUACAUAUUCAGUGUGUCAUCUUAAAAAAUUUCUUUAAUGUGAUUGGGCUUUAAAAUUUUACAUUUGGGUAUUGUAUGGACCAGUUUAUGGUAGAUAAGAUGCCUUCAAUAUUUUGAAUUCUGAAAUUUAUUUAUUUUUAUUAUAUUUUCUGUUUUUGAAGGAAUUGCUAGGAGUGUGUCAGUCUUUAUUAUUAGCUCCUUCAAAAGCUUUAGUUGUAUCAGAUCCAAAAGUAUAUGUAAAUUACCGUUUCGUUGACAACUGUAUUACAGUACCUCAUUCUUCAUUAAUUAGAUAAUAUAAACCUUGACAUGUUUCUUUUCUUUAAUGUUUACUUUCUCAGACUUAUAUUAUGAUAUGAAGGCUGGCCAAGCUGACAUCCUCUAAGUUGAGGUCAUUACAUUUAAUUUUGUAUUACGUAGACUAAACAUUUGAACAAUGUUCUUUAUAGAUGUACAAAUUAUGGGUUCCUAUGCUAGUCAUGUGGAAUGUGUAUGAACGUUAUGUCUCCUGCUCAUAGGGGACCUGGAGGUAGCAGUAUCUCUAAAUCUCAUCAUCACAUUAUUUCUAUGGGAUCACUAGACAUACAGGGAUGCUAAACUAAAAUAAACCUUUAACAAAAAUCAAAAACAAACAAAAAAAUAUUUUAGAAAAUUGUCUUUGCUCAAAGUUUCAAAUUACAACUUAUUAUUGUUUUGGGAACAGUUUUUAACAUGUUCUGUCUUUGUUACUAAUCCUUAUAAGGUUAAAGUCUGUGCCAAAAAUUUUCCAUGUAUACAGUAUUGUUGAUAUAGUCUGCAAAGUUCUCUCUCUGCUGAUAUUUAUGAGACCAUUAAGAGCUAUGCCCCAAAGUUAUUUAAUUUGUAUUUGGGUUAUUUUCGUGUAUUUUAGUUUUUAAACAUUCCUGUCCAAGGAAGAAAUUUCAUUUUCUUUUUACCACAGACUAUUAUUCUUCUUUUACCUUGCAAUGUUUUGUUUUUCUUUAAAAAAACUGUUGUAGAAGUGUUACUCCUUGGAAUAAAAAAGUUAAAUGACAAUAAUAUCCUCUAAAAUCAACUAUUGUACAAUAAGCGUUUUCCUCAUUUUUCUUUUUAGGUUCAAUGUUUUCUGCAGUUCCUUUUGACGCCUCACGUCCAACUUAAUAUUCCAAAUAUUUUCUCAGUAAGCAUGUCAAAGCAAUUUUGUCUGUACAAUUGUUCGUGUAAUUUUUUUUACAGUUACGUAUGUUUUGUUGCUUAUUAAGUAACUUUUUGACUGUCACUUUCAAUACACAUUGAAUGUCCAUUUCAAUACCUUCCUGCCAGGAAGGCUUGGCCGAGCGACCGCUGCUGAAAACGGCUUGGCCAGUGGGAGGCUGCUAAGAAAGACUCAGUUUCAUUUUGGCCGCGCGACGCACGUGCUUGUUUGAAGCGUCAAGAAAUGUCAGAGUCUCAAGAUACCAUUUUGCAAAUGACGCAGAAAUGCUUCACCUAUCGUUUGCCGUUUUCAGAAAAUUUAUAUCUUAGACUUCCGAUUUUUCCUGGCGCUUCAAACGUGCAUCUACGUCGCGCGGCCAAAAUUCCACUGAGUCUUUCUUAGCAGCCUCCUGCCGGACAAGCCCUUUUUAGCAGCAGUCGCUUUGGCCAAGCCUUUCUGGCAGGAAGGUAUCGAUUUGCCAUUGUGUCAGUUGUUCGCAAGGGGUGAAGUAUUCUAUACUUAAAAUCAGACUUAAUGGUUGUGUUGUUAAUUGUAUACUUUUAUUACAUUUGUCUGGGUCUUUGGUUGGUAUAGAGGCUAGAUAGAUUCCUAACAAAACUGUUCUUCCUGUUCAAUUUAUCUUUGUACAACAUUUUUUCUCGGAAACCAUAGUUAUUUGGCAUAGAUUCUAGAAAAGUUCUUUUAUAAGUUGUAAUUUCAAAGUAUUACUCUCCAAAACUUUGUAAACAUCAAAUUUAUUACAUCACACUUUGUUGUUGAUUUUAUUGUCUGUAGCAAACUGUACAAGCUUCGGAACUUCAUCACAAAAUGUACACAAUCAUUACUGAGUGAAACAUAAAUAUUGCUUUAUAUUCCCUAUGUGUUCUUCCUAAAUCAUUUUAAAAGUUUUGUGUGUGUAAGUAAAUGAAUUUUGAACUGAUAGUUUAUUUUGUGAUGUGUUUGUGUUAAGUGAUUAUCUAUCUCAAUUAUAUUCCGUGUUGCCAUUACUAAUAGUUGUAAGAUUUAUGUAGCUUACACAAAAUACUUUCCUGUGUUAGUGAGGGUUGCAUAGUUUGUUUAGUCCUCCAUAUCAAGGUCACAUUUGUGUAUCCUAUAAUCAACAAGGCAAAAAUAUCCUUAGACAUUCUUGAAAUGUGUUUUCUUAUUUGUAGUUUUAUGUGCAUCUUCUAGUAUGUUAGUCUCCUAUCAGUUGAUGAUUUGCAAGUUGAAGUUAUUUCAACCUAUUCUUAAAAUAAUCCAUUCUUGAUCACUAGCUUUUUAACACUAACACAGUGGUAUUUCCUAUUUACUUAACCGUCCUUGCAGUAGUUCUCUCUAUACAGUUGUGAGGAAAGCAUCCAUUGGUGCAAUGUAGCUUAAUCUCUACUUCCAAUGCUUUACUUUAAGUUUUCUGACUUAUUGUUAUCUUAAACCUCUAGUGAACAUUAAAUUGUGAUAAUGUUUGUGUGUUUAGACAAAUAAAUAUAUUAGUAAGCCAAA